AUGAGAUGAGAUAAUAACAAAGAAAAGAAAAGAUUGUGUUUUCUGUUUUUGGAGCUUUUAGUCAUUCUUAAUCUUAAUUAUAUUUGAAUCAAACUAAACUAACAAUAACAACUAAAACAAAGAGAUUGCAACAGAUGGCGGUAUUAAUUGGUCUUCAGAAUCUGGAUUUUUUUUCUAAAAAGAAAAUACGACUCAUAGAGUCUCAGUUUGUUAGUAGUUGUUAGUUACGGAAGCAGGAUUCGAACUCAUUACCUCUUGGUGCAUUUGAAGACGCCUUAACCAUCGGUCAAAGAUUUUAAGUCAUAGGCAUAGCUGCCCUAGUGUUUCUGUGUUGUGUGUACAUAUAUAAUUAUUUUAGAGAGAGAAUAUAUAGAGUACCUUCAAUAGCUAAAGGCAAUAAAAAAAUUCCUGCUGUUUCUUUUGGUUUGUUGAAUCAAGACACAAGCACAAGAGAGGAAUUUUAGUUAUUGUUAUCUGGUUUUGUUACCUUGUUUCAGGAUAAAAAAAAGAGAGCGAUGGGGAAGAAGAAGGGUCAGAAGACAAAGGAACUUUCUGUAGCAAUAGCAGAAGCUUCAUCAAAAGAGAAUGAAGAAACUCAGCAGAUACAGACACAAACCCAGCCAGAGACACCAAGAAAAAGAGGAAGGCCCCGGAAGAUAAUUAUGGAAGACAAAAAACCAGUAGAAGAAGUCACAGAGAAUCAAUUCAAGAAAGCUAAAAACAGUGAAGAAGAAGAAGAAGCUUCGGUUACUAUUAGAGGUAAGAAGAAAGAAGAAGGACAGUCUGAAAUUAAGGAACCUCCGAGAAGAAGCAGCCGGAGAAAAAGCAAACCCAGAAAGAGCAGUUAAUCAUCAUCAGGUACUUAAUUAAUUAGUGAUUAAUCAACCAAGAAGAUGCAUGAAAUUCAAAAGAACAAAAAAUAUAAUCAGAUAAAUAUUUCUCUCUCUCA